CCUGACCCCCCCCCCUCGCUCUGAGCCUGCCCCGCCAGCCCCAGAUCUUGACCCCCCCCCGUCGUGGGCCCCGGAACCUGACGCCCCACCCCCACCCCCUGCAGCCAUGGGGGCCACCGUGUUCUUCGGCUGCACGUUCGUGGCCUUCGGCCCGGCCUUCUCCCUCUUCCUGCUCACUGUGGCCGGGGACCCGCUCCGGGUCAUCAUCCUGGUGGCGGGGGCGUUUUUCUGGCUAGUUUCCCUGCUGCUGGCCUCUUUGAUCUGGUUCAUUUCAGUGCAGCUCAGCAAUCGGGAGGACUCCAGGCUGCAGUAUGGCCUCCUGGUCUUUGGGGCCGCGGUGUCGGUGCUGCUGCAGGAGGCGUUUCGAUUUGCCUACUUCAAGCUACUCAAGAAAGCCGACGAAGGCUUGGCGACGCUCACUGAGGAUGGGCAGUCUCCCAUCUCCCUCAAGCAGAUGGCCUAUGUAUCGGGGCUGUCCUUCGGGAUCAUCAGUGGGGUCUUCUCAGUCAUUAACAUCCUGGCGGACUCCAUAGGGCCGGGCAUCGUAGGAAUCCACGGGGAUUCGCCUUAUUAUUUCAUCACGUCAGCAUUCCUGACCAUGGCCGUCGUCUUCCUACACACAUUCUGGGGAGUGAUCUUCUUUGAUGCCUGCGAGAGGCGGCAGUAUUGGUCCCUGGCCCUGGUGGUGGCCAGUCACCUCAUCACGUCCGGGUUGACAUUCCUGAAUCCCUGGUACCAGGCCAGCCUCAUCCCCAUUUACAUCAUCACCGUCUCCAUGGGCAUUUGGGCCUUCUUCACAGCCGGAGGCUCCUUGCGCAACAUCCUCUCCUGCCUCUCCUGUAAACAGGAGGAAGACAACCGAGUGAUGGUGUACUCUGCGCUGCAGGUCCCCGUCGAGGACUGAGUGCCUCCUCAGGCCGCCGCCUGCCUGCCAGAGACAGCCGGGGAAGACCAAUACCCCAAGUGCCCUGUUCUCUGCAGCUGGGAGCAGCCUGGGACACCCCCUCCCCGUGGCAGGAGCUGGGGCAUGGGACUCUGAGCCUGUCAGAGCAGCUCGCCCUGCUCAUGGGGCUGGGCUGCUGCGCUGGUGGAGACAUGGCUGGAAUUGCGAGGUUGAGUCCUGUGGGGCCCUGGCGGUCUCUGUGCUGUGCAUUCAGGGGCCUGGGGCAUCGCCAGACUUUCUUUCCUUUUGUCAGCUGCAAAGGACUGAAGCUCUGACUGGGCCUCUUGAACUGAAACCUGCCCGGAAUCGGGCUCAUGGCGGGUCUUGCGAACUCCGGUGCCCCCUCCCUGUACGAAUGUGCUGCCCGUUUUGGAGGUGAAUUGUCCCGCAGUUCCUCUAUCUGACUGGGGCUGCAGCAGAGGAUGCUGGAAAGUCCUGUCCGGUAGCACUGACGCGUGUCACUUUUGAAAUGGUCUUUGAUUGGCAUCUAUUUCUCUGUAUCUCUACGGAUACCAUAGGGUCUGGGUUAGCGCCUCGGCUGGUGGAGCAGGGAGCCUGUCUGGCCGCCUGCCCUGGGGCCAUGAAGGAGCCUCUGAACUCUGAGCCUUGCCCCAGGGUUUGUGUUAUUGAGGACAGCUGUGGCUUUUCUGUGUUUACCCCAGUGCCAGUGUGACCGGCUCAGCUGGGAACUCACCCACCAGCAAAGGUUGGCCUGUUUUGGGAAGGGCUCAGCUGGAACGGAACUCUAAAAGGAUGGGGUUUGCCUUCCCCCUGAGGUGCAACCAAUCCUGCUAACUUGCGUCCAGUGACAGCUGGCUGAGGGCACUCCCUGCAGGGUUAGUGAGCCCAAGAUCUCUGAGUAAUGUCUAGAAACUCUACGACAUUCUGUCCUUGGACUCCUCCCCAGCAACGCACGCAUGUGUCUCAGCCUGAGGGACCUGCCCCAUUGCAGGCUGAGCUCCCAGCUAUGCGUGGGAAGCAUCUGGGGAAAAGGUAGGCAUGCAUCCUGUGUUGCUCCCAGGCACCCCAUACUGGGAGGUCAUGCAGCAGCCAUGGGGGGUGCAGCAUGUAAGUCAUGCCCCAGAAUGGAGGGGAAGGAUCUGAUGUAGGGGGUGCUGCUGCAGAACGGUUUGCAGUAUUGCUGGCUCUGCAAGGGCUAAUCUGCAGUAGCAGGCACUGCCCAGCUAUCAGCAACGCCAUGCGGCAGCUCGUCUCCAGAGAACGAGAUGCUUCCGGUGCUGUGAAAGAGGGCCAAAUGGUGCUGCUUUGUUCAGAGGCUAAAAGGGUUGCCUUGCAAACCUCAUCCCGGAGACUCCCUGAGGGUGAAGAGCAGUGACAGGCCAGUCGCUGUCUGCUACAAGAAGCUGAAAAUCUCAGUGUGUGUUUGUUUUUCCCCCUAAGUUUGGGAGAAGAUUCACUACAUGUCUGUAAAAUUGGGAUUUUUUUAAAAUAUUUUUUUGAUUCAGAGUAAAAUCCUUUUAAUAGAGACGCUGUGAUGACUAAUAAAGUCUUCUUUUGUAAUGGG